CAAAGUUCAUCUAAUGAUCUUGCAGUUUCUUCAGUCUAGAUGCUACUCAAUAAAUUUUCUGCUCACUACAUUCUUUGUUGGCUUUGGAACAGGCUGAUGCAUUGUGGUGUUGGUAAAGAAAACUGCGCUUAAAAUGUUAGAAAAACAGGAGGGUUAGGGUAUUUUUCACAAGAUCAGGUAAGAUUUCAAAAAACCCCGAAAUAAUCAUCAUUUUCAUCUCUAACUCUGAACAAGAAUAUGCACUGCUCAUAAAAGUGUGGACAAUUUUGGUCUAGAAUCUAGGCUGCUAAGACCACUUGGUCCCAAGGGUCUGACCAUGGCGGGCCAGAAAUCUUUUGGCACAAGAGCAUCAAACAAGCCUCUCUCUCUCUCUCUCUCUCUUACUGUCAGCCCUCAAGUCUGGAUGACAGAAGAGGCAGCCGUCCCCGGUCCAUGGUCCGAUCCUUCACGAUGCCGUCUUCAUCCCGGCCUCUGUCGGUGGCCUCCGUGUCUUCCCUAUCAUCGGACAGCACCCCUUCCAGGCCAGGCUCUGAUGGGUUUGCUCUGGAGCCUCUCCUGCCAAAGAAAAUGCACUCCAGGUCCCAGGACAAGCUGGACAAGGAUGACCCAGAGAAGGAGAAGAAGGACAAGAAGAAGGAAAAAAGGAACAGCAAACAUCAAGAGAUAUUUGAUAAGGAAUUUAAACCCACUGACAUUUCCGGGCAGCAGUCUGAGGCUGUGAUUCUUUCAGAGACGAUAAGCCCCCUGCGGCCCCAGAGACCGAAGAGCCAGGUGCUCAACGUCACUGGAAGUGAACGACGUUUCUCAGUGUCCCCGUCGUCACCGUCCUCCCAGCCAGCACCCCCUCCGGUCACGCCAAGGGCCAAGCUCAGCUUCAGUUUGCAGUCGAGUUUGGAGCUGAACGGCAUGACCAGCGUGACUGGGAUGGACACAGCCGAGGUCCCGCCCCCCCUGCCUCUCAAAGGCAGCAUGGCAGAUUAUGGGAACUUGGUGGAAAACCAGGAUUUGAUCAGCUCGCCCACGCCCCCGCCCCCUCCUCCUCACCAGAGGCACGUACCACCUCCGCUGCCCAGCAAAACGCCACCUCCACCCCCCCCAAAGACAGCGCGCAAGCAGACGUCGGUGGACUCGGGCAUCGUGCAGUGAAGGCCACAGGCCCGCGUGGAGAGCCCCGCUGCAGCCCUCCCUCUCCCUCUGUGUCUUCUCCCGGGUCUGCUCUCUCCGCGUGGAGCUAUUGGACACGCCGUGCAAUUGCUUGUCCUGAAAAGGAAUUUCUUUCCAGCCGUGGCGUGAGUGGCCUUUCGCACCGGGGAGCAAGGUGGAUGUGGGUCUGGAAGGUACUGUUGUGCUUCUCAAAAUUGGGGGCUUCUGACUGUGUCUGUCUUGAGAGAUCCUAAGUCUUGCCCAGAAGUCCUCCGUUUGUGCCAAAUGACACUGAGCAAGGAACGCGGUUGACCGGGGUUUGGCGCAGUAGGAGAGCUGGGGCCGUCACCCGUGAGACCGUGUAGGGAGCGAGUGCUCAUCUUCCCCCGACGCCCACCCCCAGCUUCCCCCCGAAGGCUGCAGGUGUGACUUUGUGGUCAAGUGUAUCUUCAACCUGUAUGGGGCAGUUAAGGUCAAACCUUUCAAGGCAGUUCCUAAUUUCCUUUGGUAUAAUUUAAAAUAGGAUUAUUUCUCAGCUACUGAACAGUUACUAAUUUAUGGAGUGGAGACACCAUUAGAAAUACUGGACCAAGUGGGAAAGUAAAUACCAGUAUAGGAAGAUCCCUUUUCUUUCUUUUUAAAAAGAGAAGGCCCAUAGCACAGAGAUGGCUUUAAUUGGGUGACUUCUUUCUGUCCUCAUUCUGUACAGAAGUUUGUAUAUAUGAUGGUUCUUAGAACUUAAGUUUUAAUGUUUUUGGUCCUUCCGUUUAUUGUAAUAGGCAUCUGCAAAUGAUUCUCGAUACGUGUUCUUAAUUUUUAACUGCUAGAAGUGUAAAAAAAACACAAAUUAAGUUUUGUCGAUUUUUUUUUUUUUCUAAGCUCCAAAGUCCUGACAAUGUUGGUGGGCGAUGAUUAAAAAAACAAAACAACUAACUUUGUAUAACCUAAUAUUUUUAUUCUGCCAUCUAUAUUUUUUUAUCCACUAUAAUCAUGAUACUCUUCUGGUAGGCUCAAAAGUUGUUCAUUGACAACAAAAAAUAAAAAGCCAUUUAAAAAGA